CCAACAUUCUCACCCCACCGAGGCCAACUGCACGCCACCUCCAUUCCACACUGGCAGCCAUGGCCGACUGCUGAUUCCAAUGUGAGACGAGGCAAAAGAGGGGUCCUUCAUGUCUGGUCUGUGCGGGACGAGAAAGUCGGCCUUUAAGAAGAAGAAGAAGCAGGAGCAGCAGCGACAAUGACAGUGACCUAUUCUCGCAGGGUGGCAGAUGCAGGCCUCGGCACUUUUUUCCACUUGCUCCUGCGCUGGAAGGGCAGCAUCUAUAAGCUCCUCUACAGGGAGCUCAUCAUCUUCACUCUGCUAUACUACUUCUUCAGCGUUGUUUAUAGGUUUGUCUUAAAUGUUGAGCAGAAGAGGCUGUUUGAGAAGCUCUCUAUGUACUGUGACCGCUAUGCAGAGCUCAUCCCAGUGUCCUUUGUUCUAGGUUUCUAUGUGACCUUAGUAGUAUCUCGCUGGUGGGGUCAGUUUGAACACAUCCCUUGGCCUGACCGCCUGGCAUCACUCGUGGGAGGUCACGUCCGCGGAGUGGAUGAGGCCGCCAGGUUGACCCGCCGCACUCUGAUGCGUUACGCCAAUCUUUCUGGCGUUCUCAUCUACCGCUCCGUCAGCACAGCUGUCUACAAAAGGUUUCCAACCAUGGAGCACCUGGUACAGGCAGGUUUGAUGACAUCAGAGGAACUGAAGCAUCUGGAAGACUUACCAUCACCUCAUAACAAGUUCUGGGUUCCUUGCAUGUGGUUUGUCAGCCUGGCUUUACGGGCCCGGACAGAGGGUCGCAUCAACAACGACGUUGCUCUCACCGCCAUUCUCACUGAGUUAAACAGUUUACGUGCAAAGUGCAUGAAGUUGUAUGGUUACGACUGGAUUAGCCUGCCACUCGUGUACACUCAGGUAGCAACAGUGGCUGUCUACAGCUUCUUCCUGGCUUGUCUGAUUGGUCGUCAGUUCUUGGACCCAGCCCAAAGCUACCCAGGUCACGACCUGGACUUCUAUCUUCCCGUCUUCACACUGCUGCAAUUUUUCUUUUACGUUGGCUGGCUGAAGGUGGCUGAGCAACUCAUCAAUCCUUUUGGCGAAGAUGACGACGACUUUGAGACAAACUGGCUUGUCGAUCGCAAUUUACAGGUAUCUUUGUUGUCUGUGGACGAGAUGUACGAUAGCCUCCCUCUGCUUGAGAAGGACAUGUACUGGAAUGAGUCGGAACCUCGCCCACCCUACACAACUGCCAGCGCUGAUCACUGCAAACCUUCAUUCAUGGGCUCUGCUCUGGAUAUCAGUGUUCCAAAAGAAGAGAUGGAGUUUCAGUCCAAUUUGGAACAGAUUAAAGAAAACGAGGAAGCCAACUACUCCACCCCACUUUUGGGUGGUCUGGGCCGCUUUCUGGGUGUCCAGUCCCCCAGCUUCCCUCGCUCUUCUCGGGUCUCUCUGCUACGCCGCCGCCCUGGCGCCCCACUGAGUCGCUUCCCCCUUUACUUACACCCGGAGGCUCAGUCAGUCACCCACCAAGGCCGACAGCCUUCAAACUCAGAGCGAGAUCAGGAUUAUGCCUUCUCCAGCCUUCCCUUGUAUGAGAGACCAGGCUUCUACAGUUGCCCCCAAACCCCCAUACACUGCGUGCCCCCUGCGGUGGCCCGACCCCGACCCGCCCGCAGGCCUCAGAACGAAUGGGAUCGCAGCUGCAGCUCCCUCGCUCCUCCGACAGUUGGGUCACAGUUGCUGCCCCCUGACACCCCUAAUAACAUUCCGCCACCGCCAUCAUCAGCUUUCCCCUGGCUGAGCGAGGAGGGCGAGGCACCCACCGCCCCAGCGUUCUCCUUCCCCGACCCGCCGCCAGAGCUUUGUCCUAUAUCAAAACUCAGGCGUGGGCAUGGCCUGCUGUCUCGCCGACCCCCGCCUCCGUGCUUAACGUUGGACCCAUUGCCGUCAGCCGACAGCCAAGCGGGACCCCCGAGUGCUAGAACGGCAGGAAGCGCAGGAGAAAGGGUGUUCUCGUUCACCCCGCCCUCUCGUCAUGGGCCGGCAAAUCCAAAUAAUUCUAAUAGUAGCUCCGGCAGCAUUAACGUGACAAGCAGCAACGGUGCUGGCACGGCAGGAAGUCUUCACAACUGCGCCAAUCUUAGCAACUUCGGUAACUUUGCCGCCAACGUGAAGGCGAGCAAUGGCGGGCUUAAUACGUUGACCACUUCAGGUUCGAUACCUUCGCAGCAAGAAGCCAAUCAGCAAAAUUCUCCCAAUGAUUCUGGGAUCUCGUUGGCUGAAGGGGACCUGCUGGGCGUGCUGGUAGAUGGUGGCGGAAACAAAGCAACUGUGAGUAGGAAGGACUGAAAAAACGCCAUUUGUGUUUUACGAGCAAAUCCAUACACAGAAUUAUUUUAGGCAUUUUAAGUGGCGAAACGUACUGUACAAACAAGUAAUUUCCACUACCUGUUUGUUGAGUGCUUACAGAACAAUUAACCUAGUUGUGAGGCGCAAAGCACCUUAAAAGAUUUCACUGUCAACACAUGUACACAACACAGUAUGGCCAAGAAAUAAACACAUGAAGAUGUGGAUUAUUUAAAAAUUCCUGCCUUCAGAUUGUUGCUUGCAUGCCUCUUUGCCUCACCUUAGACCACACUUGGGCUGUGUUUUUCAAAAGACAUUUCAUUCAAAUUAAUUUUGUCGAUUGAUUUUCUUCAUACAAGAAAAUAGGAAUUGUACAUUAAGUGUGAUGUGACCACUUUGCUGUAAAAAUAUACUUCAUGAUAAAAGCCAUUAACCUUCUUGCUAGUUUACCCUACGCUACCUCCAUUCAUUAUACUUUUUUUGAGGACAUACAGUAUACAAGUACUGUAAAUAAAAUAAGGUCUUGAGCGGGAUUCGAACUCACACUUCCUAUUCGACAGACGAGCGCGUAGACAAUAGGACUAUACGUCUGCGUCAUCACUUUUAGUCAUGAUUUUGUGUAUAAAGCUUACUAAACCCACAUGCAUUGUCUGCAAGGGCGUAGGUUUGGUCUUAAUAUUGGUAGGUACGAUAUAAGAGCAUAAUCUGCAUGUAAACUUUUUGCUGGGGACGGGACAUUAAUAAGAACCAAACAGAUUUGAUGAAUGGGGAUCAUGGCUACAUUUCUCACCAAUAAGAACCUAAUUGAUAGGCUAAAUGAUUAAUGCAAAAUUAAAUCUGUAUUGACUUUUAAUAACUUUCACACUGCAAAUUUAUAACAUCUUAAUCAGAUAUUUUUUCUUAAAUCUAGUCGAAUAAUUUUCUCCAUCUUUUUUUGAGUGUUAAAGGCUAGUUAACAGAUUAAUGCGUCAGAUUCUUUCACUUACUUUAAGUCAGUACUUCUCAAAUAAUGGGGUGCGCCCGCCAACCCCCCACUCCGAGGGAGGUGCAGACCAAUGCCGGGGGUGGCGCAGGUGACCUUGGGAACAUACUUUUUUUCCCAUACUGGAAUAAAGUGUAAUCGCACAUCCACUUAGUGGGUGGCAGUGGCGUUCUCAUUUUCAGAGUGUGCACACUAUUUUUGAACAAACAAGAGCACACAACAAAGAGCACUGGAGAUAUGAAGAGCUAAGACGAGGUAAUAUAAUGAAGCAUAUGUAGCGUUUGGCUUUGACUUUUAAUACAGUGGAAGAUGAGGAAACAUCAGUGUUUAAAACUGUGUCUAAAAAUGUUUGCAGCGGAAAGCAGGAAGACAAAUCAAUUAAGGCGUCACUUAAAGACAUUAGACCCCAAUUACAUUGACAGGCCGCUUGAUUUUUAUUCAGCGAAAAUGUGCCGAAAAUGAUGGAGGACCAA